UAAAUAUGAGUAUUUAUAAUUUUAUUUGUAAUAUUGACCGGCAUGAACCGACACAAACCGGUAUGUGCCACCGGUUGAACCAUUCCACUUGCUAAACCGGCACACUGACAUAAACCGGUUUGACAACCUUGAUUUAGUGGAUUCGGUACUUGGUUGUUGGAAUGAGUUUUAAUUUCUUCCUUGUUUCUCAUGUCUUUAGUUAUUGACCCUCGAGAAUGGUUUCUGAAAAAAGUUUGGAGCUUCAAUUUGUUGCUGCUAUGGAGGAAUUUAUAGAACGAAAGGAACCCACUGUUUAGCAUAUAGUGAACCAAUAGAAAAUCUCAUAAUUGUGUCUCUGUCAAUGCUUGUUUGUAGGAUCGGGUGUUGAAAAGGAUUUUGCAGCACCAGCACAUUAAAAUAAUUUUGAUAUAAUUAGGGAUUGUUAAAACAAUGAUCACAGUACCUUCCCACCGGCGCUCAAGUAGCAGCAGCGACAACAAAUUGGGUUUGGGGCAGGGGCAGAGUAGGGGAGGAGACGAUUCUUUUUCUGGUGAGGGCGGCGAACGUGGGUUGGGGAAGGAUUAUUUGGUUAGGGCUAGAAUUGAAAUUGGGUUGAGGGGUAAAUAUGUUAAUUUUUUCUGUUUUAGGGCGAUAAAAUUUGAAUUUUAGGGCGACGAAUAGCGAUUCAGCAAUUGAUUUAUGAACUCUAAAUAAAUUACGUUGUUUUAGUGAUUUAAUUAAUAAAAAAUUAAUUUAUUAUUUAUUUCAUGAAUUUAAAAAUCUAAAGUUGAUGUUAUUUGUUGGAUAGUAAGUAAUUUUUUCACAAAUAUACUUUAUAUACAAUUAAAUUAUUAAUUAUUUUCACAUUAUUACAUAUUUAAUUAAACUUACAUGAACCGACACAAACCGAUUGUAUUACUGAGCGAUGCCAUUCCACUUACCUAACCUGUUUAUACCGGUUUGAUAACCUUGACGCUAACAUUCAUUUCGAGUUACUUUAUCCUUUUUUAACCCUAUCUCGCAUCUUCUUUACUUCCUCCUAUCUGUUAAUGGCGCGAACACUACACUUCACUUGCCGAUGACGCUUGCAAAUCCGAGCUGAAUACGAAGGUCUAGCAGGGAGAAUUUUGCGGCGUGAUGUGAACUAGUGUUUAAAUUGCUUUCAUCGAGAUUUUCUGGUGUGCUCUCUCCGCCGAAUCGAGAACCUCAUGCGGGAUCCUCUGCCAUGAACGGUAGCGGCGUCGGCGAAGGGGCGAGGGAAGGUAACAGAAUGAAGAACCACAGCAGACCAGAUCCCGUGUCCGGUGCUGAUCUCUGGACCGAAGGUCUGAUUUGCGCCUUCGAAUUCGUUCGCGGCCGCCGGAGGAGCAAUUUCAGAUCUCCUCCAAAAACCCCUACCAGAUCGACCAACGGCGGUGACAACAGGCAGCCGCACCUCCCAGGAAACGACGGCAUCGCUGAGAAACUAUUGAACGACGCCUCCAUUGGGGAUGAAUCUCGAGACGGCCGACUGCAGGAGUCGUCGGAGAGCUUCGACGGCAGCCACUGGGUGCCGAUCGGCUGGACAAGGAUCUCGGAGCUGGUAAAGAACGUGCAAGUCAAUGAUGGCUGGGCGUCGCAGCAGCUCGAGUUGAUCGACUGUGAAUCGGAUAUCACGGUAGCAGAUUUGGCAGCUCCUUACUGGGAGCGGCCCGCAGGGCCAAUGUGGUGGUGCCAUGUUGAUGCCGGCCACCGCUCCGUCCAGGCUUGGCUCAACAGUGCUCAGUGGUUGCAUCCGGCGAUCAGUCUCGCGUUGAGAGACGAGAGCCGGCUGAUCAGCGAGAAGAUGAAGCACCUGCUUUACGAGGUCCCUGUAAGGGUUGCUGGAGGGCUUCUGUUUGAGCUACUGGGACAGUCUGCUGGUGAUCCAUUUGAUGAUGAAGAUGACAUUCCAGUCGUGCUACGUUCUUGGCAAGCACAGAAUUUCCUGGUAACUGCGUUGCAUGUUAAAGGCACAGUGUCAACAAUAAAUAUUCUGGGGAUAACUGAGGUUCAGGAUCUUCUGUCUGCUGGAGGUUAUAAUACACCUAGAACAGUGCAUGAAGUCAUAGCACAACUAGCUUGCCGCUUGACUCGAUGGGAUGACAGGCUAUUUCGCAAGUCGAUCUUUGGGGUUGCCGAUGAAAUCGAGUUGAAGUUCAUGAACAGGAGAAACCACGAAGAUAUGCAUCUCUUUGGGAUUAUUCUGAACCAAGAGAUUCGAAAGUUGUCACGACAGGUUAUUAGAGUGAAGUGGUCACUCCAUGCGAGGGAGGAGAUUAUAUUUGAGCUGCUUCAGCACUUGAAAGGAAACGGAGCAAGAAUGUUGUUAGAGGGAAUAAGAAAGACCACCAGGGAUAUGAUUGAGGAACAAGAAGCAGUUCGAGGUCGCUUGUUUACCAUUCAAGAUGUCAUGCAAAGUACUGUCAGGGCAUGGUUGCAGGAUAAAAGCCUAAGAGUGACACAUAACUUGGCUGUUUUCGGUGGCUGCGGCCUUGUGCUCUCAAUCAUCACCGGGUUAUUUGGGAUCAACGUGGAUGGAAUCCCAGGAGCGGCAAACACUCCAUAUGCCUUUGCCCUUUUCACAGGGAUACUCUUCACCAUAGGCUCAGUGUUGAUUGCACUGGGGAUCUUGUACCUUGGGCUUAAGAAGCCGGUCAAGGAAGAGCUAGUGGAAGUAAGGAAGCUGGAGCUUGAAGAACUGGUUAAGAUGUUCCAGCACGAGGCUGAGACCCACGGCCAGGUUCGCAAAGGUAGGACCAGGACUAACCUCACCCCGACUACUGGUGACAAGUUCUCUGAUGACGUAGAUUAUGUUCUCAUCCAAUAAAAACCCAAUUUAGAUCCUCGUCUAACGACUCUCUGCUCUGCCUCUUGUUCUGAAAAGAAAUACUUUCAGGAUACUCACUAAGCAUUGAAGGGAAAUGUACUAGUGAGACUGCAGAUAUGGCAUAAACUUGGGAUGUUAGU